CUUAUCUUCCAGAGAGAGAUGAUCGGAGGAGUGGAGUCUCAGUGAACAGAGCGAAGCGAUGGAGAGAUGCUCCAUCUCUCCUGUCACACGUCUGACUGCCCUCCGCUGCCUCCUCUCCCUCCUCCUGGUUGCUCUGGCGACACAACCCUCCACCUGCAACCGUGACGACAGUGAGGGCGAGGGGCAGGUGGACGCCCUGCCGGUCCAGCUGUCCGUCACAGCGCAGGUCACGCCCACCCCCCUCUGGGCAGUGGUCUGGGGCCCCACGCAGCCCCUGGAGGACGAGACCUAUCACUUCCUGCCCAGCCAGGAAACUGACCAGCCACACCAGCAUGGGCACCAGCAGGCAGCCAGCACCACCACCACCGACAUCUGGCCUUUCCCUGACGGAGUGGCGGGCAGUACCGAACCCCAGGAGGAGUACCCGCUGGAGGCCAGGAACCAGGAGGGAGUGGGGGAUGGAGGGACGGAGGCAGAGGAGACAGAGCCUGAGGAAGUGGACCCUCAGUUCUACGUCACAGUGACCAUCUCCUCGCUGCUCAUACUGACAGCUGUCGUCAUAACAGCCAAACUCUGUUACGAUCGCAGCUGUUCCCAGCAUCCACCCCCGCUUUCCCGUGGCGUGGCGCCCCCCCUCUCCCUCGCCCUCCCUCGUUCCCUCGCUUCGGAGGACAGCCGGCAGACACUGCACAGCACCCCCUCCUUCACCGACAGGGAGAGGUAA